CAAAGUCAUCUCAUGGACAUAUACAAGUAGAAUCGAGUGCACAUUUGUCAUGAAAGUAAAAAUAUUAGACGUUUUAUUUUUUGAAAAUCAAGUAAAAUGUCUGGAAUUGAUGUACAACGGUGUGAAAUAGAGAAAAUAGAAAAAGACCCCCUCGAUUCGAAAAAUAUAUUGACGGCAGAGAGAAAAUCGAACACAGUCGCAGUCGAAUUACUCAACGAUAUUGUCGAAAAUGCACUUGAUUCUGUUUUGACUGACGAAGGAGGUACGAGAAACGUUUGCAUGGUAGGAGAUAUUGUUGAUCAAUUUACUCCAAGAGCAACGAAACUCACAGAUUUGUAUGAUACUUCAAGUGACAUAAAAAAUAGAAAAAUUUUGACAUCUACGGAGGAAGAAGUAAAGAAAUUCAUUGGCGAAAUAAGUUCGCCGUCGACGAAAGGAACAGGAGAUCAGCUCGGUGAAAGUGAGGAAAUAGUGGCAAAAAAGAAAUCCUUCACAUUCUCAUCAAGAAAUUUCACUCUAGAGAAAAAAACGAGAUUGACAGAUCUGGUGAAAAAUUCCAAGAGUUUGAUCUCCAAAUUUUUAUCUAUCGAAACCAAAUCAAAAGAUUCUGAGUGGGAAGAGCAUAGCGAAGAGUUCGUCAAGUGUAUCGAACUAGAUCAAAUCAACGCCAAAGAAAAGAGGAGGACACUCAAAGAUCAGAACAUCCGAUCAGUUACUCCAUCACAUUCAGGUGAAAUGAUCAGAAUUCCAGACGAAACUGGCAUGGAAAACAUCAAUUUGAAGGAUAUCAAAGGUACGGCAGCUGAGCAAAGCUUCGAAGUAGAAAUGGACCACGUCCAAAAAUCCAUGACAUUCCCCAUCGCUAGUUGUUCGAAAAUUCCAUCUACAGAGCACGAAGGUAAAGAAUCUUUGAAAGAUAAGAAAAAGUGGAGUUUGGGUUCCAGAAUUGUGAACUACAUCAAGAAAAGAACGUCUAAGAGGGAUGUAACAAAAUCUGAAGUUUGAAUAUCUUUUAUAUCUGGUUUGUGAGACUGAUUGCAAAUAAAAUUAUUGAAACAUGA